AUGGCCUUCAAUGACCUCCUGCUGCAGGUGGGGGGAGUCGGCCGCUUCCAGCAGAUCCAGGUCACUCUGGUGGUUCUCCCCCUGCUCCUCAUGGCCUCCCACAACACCCUGCAGAACUUCACGGCCGCCAUCCCCGCCCACCACUGCCGCCCACCUGCUGACACCAACCUCAGCAGGGACACGGAGCUGGAGGCCUGGCUGCCCCGGGACGGCCAGGGGCGGCCUGCAUCCUGUCUCCGCUUCACGUCCCCCCAGCGGGGGCCGCCCUUUCCCAAUGGCACAGGGACCAACGGCACGGGGACCACGGAGCCCUGUACCAAUGGCUGGAUCUAUGACCCCGGCACCUUCCCUUCCACCAUCGUGACUGAGUGGGACCUCGUGUGCUCUCGCAGGGCCUUACGCCAGCUGGCCCAGUCCCUGUACAUGGUGGGGGUGCUUCUCGGAGCCAUGAUAUUCGGGUACCUGGCAGACAGGCUGGGCCGCCGGAAGGUGCUGAUCUUGAACUACCUGCAGACGGCUGUGUCAGGAACUUGCGCUGCCUUCGCCCCCAACUUCCCCGUCUACUGUGCCUUCCGGCUCCUCUCCGGCAUGUCGUUGGCUGGCAUCUCCCUCAGCUGCAUGACACUGAAUGUGGAGUGGAUGCCCAUCCACACGCGGGCCUGCGUGGGCACCCUGAUAGGCUACGUCUACAGCCUGGGCCAGUUCCUCCUGGCUGGUGUGGCCUACGCUGUGCCCCGCUGGCGCCACCUGCAGAUGCUCGUCUCCGUGCCCUUUUUUGCCUUCUUCAUCUACUCCUGGUUCUUCAUCGAAUCGGCCCGCUGGUACUCCUCCUCUGGGAGGCUGGACCUCACCCUGAAGGCCCUGCAGAGAGUGGCCUGGAUCAAUGGGAAGCGGGAAGAGGGGGCCAGUCUAAGUAUGGAGGUGCUCCGGGCCAGCCUGAACAAGGAGCUGACCAUGGACAAGGGCCAGGCCUCGGCCAUGGAGCUGCUGCGCUGUCCUGUCCUUCGCCGCCUCUUCCUCUGCCUCUCCUUGCUGUGGUUUGCCACUAGCUUUGCCUACUACGGGCUGGUCAUGGACCUCCAGGGUUUUGGGGUCAGCAUUUACCUAAUCCAGGUGAUCUUUGGUGCUGUGGACCUGCCUAAGCUUGUGGGCUUCCUUGUCAUCAACACCAUGGGCCGCCGGCCUGCCCAGAUGGCCUCACUGCUGCUGGCAGGCAUCUGCAUCCUGAUCAAUGGGGUGGUACCCCAGGAUCAGUCCGUUGUCCGAACCGCCCUUGCUGUGCUGGGGAAGGGCUGCCUGGCUGCCUCCUUCAACUGCAUCUUCCUCUACACUGGGGAGCUGUACCCCACAAUGAUCCGGCAGACAGGCUUGGGAAUGGGCAGCACUCUGGCCCGAGUGGGCAGCAUCGUGAGCCCGCUGGUGAGCAUGACCGCCGAGCUCUACCCCUCCAUGCCUCUCUUCAUCUACGGCGCUGUCCCUGUGGCUGCCAGCGCUGCCACUGCCCUCCUGCCGGAGACCCUGGGCCAGCCACUGCCAGACACAGUGCAGGACGUGGAAAGCAGGAGGAAAAGACAAAGGAGGAGGCAGAAGCAGCAGCAGGAGCAGCAGAAACAGAUGGUCCCACUCCAAGCCUCAGCAUAA